CCUGCGUCACUCUCGCUAUCAGUGAGCGAAGGUCACGCGGAGUGUCUUUGAGGUAUAUUAGGAGUACGUGCUCGCCUCGCACGAAAAUUUUCACGAUCAUUUGACGUGACGUCCACUGCCGUCGACAUGCUGCCCCGAUUCCUCAGGCCCGCCAUUAAUGUCAGCCAGCAAGGCGCAAAACGACUGUCCACGAGCGCCACGCGCAAUGCAAAAGUCAGCGUCAUGGGAGCAAGCGGUGGCAUCGGCCAGCCACUGUCGUUGCUUCUCAAACAGUCGCCUCUGGUCACGGAAUUGUCGCUGUACGAUAUCGUAAAUACGCCUGGUGUUGGUGCCGAUCUCUCGCACAUAAAUACCCCUGCGAAAGUCAAAGCUUACAACGGUCCGGAACAGCUCAAAGACUCUCUUAAAGGCGCUCAGGUUGUCAUCAUACCUGCGGGCGUUCCACGUAAACCGGGCAUGACCCGCGACGAUCUGUUCAAUACGAACGCCUCUAUCGUCCGGGAUCUCGUCGUUGCGAUGGCCGAAGUCGCGCCAAAGGCCUUCGUGGCGAUCAUCUCGAAUCCGGUCAACAGCACAGUGCCAAUCGCGAGUGAAGUGCUACAGAAGGCAGGCGUCUACGACCCUAAUCGCGUAUUCGGAGUGACCACCUUAGAUAUCGUUAGGGCGAACACAUUCAUCGCGGAAGCGAAGGGCCUUGAUCCGCUGAAAGUCAACGUCCCAGUCAUUGGGGGACAUAGCGGCAUUACCAUCAUUCCGUUGAUCUCGCAGUGCACGCCGUCAGUUUCCUUCCCGGAUGAUCAGCUGAAAGCGCUCACCGAGAGGAUCCAAGAGGCCGGUACCGAGGUCGUUAAGGCCAAGGCGGGAACUGGAUCCGCGACUUUGUCCAUGGCUUUUGCCGGCGCGCGAUUCGGUCUCUCGUUAAUCAGGGCGUUGAACGGUGAAACGGGUAUUAUUGAGUGCUCGUACGUCAAAUCGAAUGUCACUGACGCCAAAUACUUCUCUACGCCGAUACUUCUGGGCAAAAAUGGACUUGAGAAGAAUUUGGGAUUGGGUAAACUAAGCAGCUUUGAGCAGAAACUGCUGGACGCCGCCAUCCCAGAGCUUAAGAAAAAUAUUCAGAAGGGAGAAGAUUUUGUAAAUAAGAAGUGAAAUCUCUGUCGAGCCUAGCUGAAUAGAGCGUAAUCUGUCGAGUUGUACGUGAGAAUUGCCUUCGUUGCUCACCUUGCAAUCAUGAUAAAUUGUCAAUAAUUGAAAUUUUUUGAUCGCGAAAUUUUCAAUUCUUCCAACCUGCCGACAUGCAUGUAAACGUGUAGAACCACGGAAUAGAUUAUCGAAUAUUAAGAUUACAUAUGUAUUAUAAAAGAAGUAUGUAUUAUAGAUGGAAAAUAUAUAAACUGCAGAGGAA